AUGUUCUGGCUCGCGAUCAACUCUUGGUCUGGCGGCCAGUUCGUCCAGCUCAUGAUCAUCGCCAUCUGGCCCUCGUACGCGCGCCUGCCGAACGCCGUGCCUGCCAGCCAGGGUGCCACGACCUCCGACUUCCUGUCGUUCUUCAUUUUCUGGGUCAUCCAGCUGCCGUUCAUCUUCAUUCACCCCUCCAAGCUGAAGCUGGUCUUCAACAUCAAGGCCGCCGUUGUGCCCGUCGUCGCUAUCGGAACUCUUAUCUGGGCCGUCAAGAUUGCUGGACCCCAGGCCGGCCCCAUUCUCCGCGCUAGCCGCAACCGCGCCCCCGCCGGCAAGCUCCGCUUCAUCGCGUUCUGCACGUCCGCCACUGCCGUGCAGGGCACCUGGGCCACCCUCUCGCUCAACAUUGGCGACUUCUCGCGCUACUGCCGUUCGCCCCGCUCCAACUGGAUCCAGAUCUUCGCCUUCCCCCUGAUCAACACGACCGUUUCGCUCUGUGCUGCUAUCAGCGCCACCUGUGCCUAUGCGGUCUACAAUGAGGACCUGUACCAGCCGUACGACAUUCUGGCCAAGUGGAACACCUCGCCCGGUGGCCGCGCCGCCAUGUUCCUCGGCUCGCUCGCCUGGGCCCUGUCCAACGUCACCAACAACAUCACUGCCAACUCGAUCUCCGCCGCCAACGACCUUUGCUCUCUUGCGCCGAAGCAUGUUAACAUCAAGCGCGGCCAGCUCGUCGCUGUCACUGUCGGAGUCUGGGCCUUCGUUCCCUGGAAGAUCCUCGCGAGCGCCGAGAACUUCCUCGCCUUCAUGUCGUCGUACUCGAUCGUCCUCGCGCCCAUCGCCAUGCUCAUGGUCAUCGACUUUUACGUCGUCAAGAAGAAGAAGUUCAACAUCUACGAGAUGUACAAGCCCUUCGGCAUCUACCGCUACACCAAGGGCUGGAACUGGCGCGCGUACGUUGCGCUCGCCUGCACCGUCGCCCCCAACAUGCCGGGCAUGGUGCACGCGAUCGACCCGACGACCGAGAUCGGCAACAUCAAGUACGUCUACAUGGUCUCGAACCUUGUCGCGUACGCGAUCGUCAUCCCCGUCUAUCUCCUCCUGAACAAGAUCUGGCCGGCGCCCGAGACCAUCGUCGAUGAGCCCGUCCACGACAUCAUCGACGACAAGGACGAGUUUGACAGCCACUCGGACAUCUCCCCCGCCCAGUCGGGCUUCCUCGACGAGAAGGCUGUCUAA